CCACAUCUGCGUCUGCACGGGCACUUCUGCAACAAAGCUGCAGCCGCAGUGGGGGGGGCUCGCGUCGUCGGAGGCCAAAGUUGCGGCACGGCAGAAACGACACGCGGGAAGUGGACAGCGUGUUGCCUGCGUGGGCGGUGUUGUCCCGUCCCACAAGGCUGACAUGUCGCCAUCUCCCGAUCCACCACCACGGGCGCACGCGCGGUCGCGCGGGGGCCGCGAAGCGAUGCGCCGGAUGCGUAGGUGAGCUGAGUCGGCCAGUGCACCCUCCCCCUCCUCCUAGUUUCCCCAAACCAUCCCCCGACCGGCGAACAGCUCGCCGUCCGCCCCCCGUGCCUCCCGCCGCGCGAAUUCACUUCCCCCUACGCCGGGGGCUGUUCCUGUUGCUAUUAUAGCCCCCAAUGGCGGCGGAGGCUCGGGCCGAGAGCCCCGCCGCGCCCGUCGUCGUACCCGCCGCGGCCUCCCCCGAGAAGCGCGUGCUCUCGGGUGACGCCGGGAGGGAGGAGGAGCGGCCCGAGCCGAAGCGGCGCAGAGCGUGCGUCGCGGCGCUCGACAGCGUCCCCUGCGCCGCGCCGCCGCUGGUUGACGGGGACGGCUCGUCCUUCUCCUUCCAGCACGCGCGCGGCGGCUUCGUGGUGCUCGAGACGACCCCCAAGUUCGGGUCCUUCAACCCGCCCGCCGCGGCUGCCGUCGGCCCGAAGCCUGCGCCGCCUGCCGGUGCCGGGCAGGGCUCGCCGGAGGAGGAAGGGGGACCGGCUCGCGAGGAGGCUGAGGCCAAAGACGGGAAUUCGCAGUUAGUGGGGCCGGGCGUUCAGGGGCAGAAGACAUGAGUGCUGACUUUGUUUUGACUUUUGACCAGCCAUGCAAAGUUUGCUUGGAGCGGUAGCCAACUCGUAGUUUACGUCUACUUUUUUUUUUUUUGUGUAAAUUGGUCCCAUUUUUCUCUUGGUGUCGAUGCAGUUGUGCAUCACCAUUGUUGCUCAUUUCUGUUGCAGUCAUGGGUUGUUACAUUUGUUAUGGAAUGGAAAUUUUCUUCAAAAAUGCUGAUGUAACAUGUGUA